AUGGCUCUGCGCAGUCUGCUUGUCUUAUUUUUAGCUUUUAACAAACUUAUUAUUUAUUCAGACGCCUUGAAUUGCCGUAAAGGUGAAAAAGUACGUGAUGAUCGAGGUAAAACGUCUUGUGAAGCCUGCCCAGACGGAUCUUAUCAGCCUACAGAAAAUAGUUCUCAAAAGUGCACAGGAUGUACAAAGUGCAUGGAGGGGAGUUAUGUCAAAGUGCCGUGCACCAAAGUGAGUGACGCCAUCUGCCAGUGUCGUGAAGGAUUUGUUCCCCGGUUUGUAAACUCUGCCAUGUGCAAGUGUCAGCCAGGAUCUGAAAUAAAAAACGGGGUUUGUUCAAAAUGCAAAGAAGGAUAUUUCAGCACAGAAAACAACACCCCGUGUCGAAAAUGGAACGACUGUAAAGCCACAGGAGUGAAAACGCCUGGAAGUUCAACCUGUGACGUUGUUUGUAACGAGGAGUCAAGCAGUAAUCCUCAGUCCUCCACAUCUAUCAGAAAAACAUUUUCCUUAUAUGUAACAAAGCCUCGUUCACAUGAGGGGACUGAAACACUGAAUUCUGCCACCACCACUAGUCCCCCACCACAGAAAGACAACGAGAAUCCUCCAUCUCAUUCAAGCAACCACACAGAUAUUAUCCUUGUCUGUUUGGGAAUAGCUGGACUGCUUGUUUGGGCUGCAAUAACCUACAAGAUGCACAUCAUCCUUUGCUACCAGAAGAAGACGAUGCAAACCAGUGACUCGUUGUGUCGGAGGCCCGUGGAAGAAAGCGGUGAAAGCAGUGAAACUUCUGUCAAACUCAAUCUGGAGCCCUGA